GUUUUCCUUAUUUAUUUGCGAAAAAAAGUAAAUUAAAUAGAAAGAACAAAAAGUAUUUUGGUAUAGAAACAAAAACAUUUACCUGCUGCCAAAUUCCGCUUGCGUAAACAAUUGAAAAUUUCCGCGACUCUUCCGAAAGCAUAAUAGAAUGCCAACCCUAAAACAAUUAAAUAAGCUCUUAUGUGUAACUCUAUGGUAUUUAAUAUAAACUCAUGGCUUCAUGGCUAGCAACAUGAAAAUACAGUAAUAUGUAACUGUAACAACACUAAACGAAUAACGAAUGCAGUAACAAAGAGGACUCCACGCCGAUCCGUCACCAACGAAAUCCCCAUGUGAAGCAAAAAAAAAAAUAUUUUAAAUAGUAUUUCAUGUUUUUUGAUAAAGGUGUUUCACUCGAAAUGCUUCCAAUAAUUGUAUGGCUAAUGAUAAUAAUAUGACCCCAUAAAUACACAUAAAUCUGGCAACAUUCGCUUUGUUCCGCAUUGCAAAAAAGCUUUUGGGUAUUUUUUAAUUUUCUUAAAUUCACCAAAAGUUGGUCAUUGUAUUCACAGCAAUGUCAUCAUCCAGUGCUUGUUGCUCCAUAUGUGCCGAAUCCUACGGCUCCGAUACUAUUUGCAGCACCAUAUGUGGUCACAUAUUUCACGAAAAGUGUCUGGCAUUAUGGCUUCAAAGAUCGAACACCUGUCCACUUUGUACGCGUACUGACCCACGACCUCACCGUAUUUACUUAGACUUUCCGGUAAUUGAGGAAACAUCGAAAGUAAUAGAUAAUUCCAAAGCAGGGGAAAAUUCGAAUGCAAAUCAAGAUGGUCAUGUUGUUGUCCUUAAAAAUGCCCAUCAUUUGACAUUACCCCCUCACAAUCUGUUGUCAGCUGUCAAACUUUUGAUUUUGGUCAUGAAGGUGCCCAUUAGUGAACGUAAUAUUGGUGAAAUUUUGGAAAUUGACAAUGCUAUACAUGUUAACUUCAAGAGCGCUCAUCACCAGGCAUUGUUUCUUAAAAAUAAAUACAAACUAAAAAACAAUCCUGAAACUUCGGUGGUACGCAUUCAUGAGCUGUUGGAUGCAGAGACGGAGGAACUGUUGCAUUACAGCUUUAAGCUAAAAAGCAAGGGCUAUAACUUUGUUUUUGUACAGGACGGUAAGGUCUUUGCAAAGAAAGCUAAAAAUUCUGAGGAAAUGGAAAUAUUAUCGAAGGACCAUGUCAAUACGUUAUGUUAUGGAGAUACAAGCAUAAGCACAUCCCGGGAACCAUCAAGGUCGGCACGAACAAAGGCAAAUAGAAGGCCCCCAAAACACAGUGUAACGGAUCAAAGGCCCCAAAAUACAGUAACUAAUGGAAAUAUGCCACAGAGGCAGACAAAACGUGAAGUCGGCAACAAUAACAGGCCAAACGUAUCAACGAAUAGAAGCAACACAACAACAUCACUGCAAUCAACUCAGACAGUUGCCCAACACAAUCCUGCGCCAAAGCGAGUUGUAACUACAUCAUCUUAUGGAAACUCAGCUAGCAAUGUUUCUGGCCAAGGGACUUCAUUGCAAAGAACAAUUGGUGUACGCAGCACGUUGAUUUUGCCUGAGCAGAGGCGUCCAAUAGUGACUGCAAGUAGUAGUCACAUCAAUUCUAACCCUUAUAUUGCCUCUUCAUCGAAUAGAACACAACCAACAACCUCUACAUCCUUUGGAACACAACCAACAACUACAUCUACAACCUAUAGAACACAACCAACAACUACAUCUACAACCUAUAGAACACAACCAACAACUACAUCUACAACCUAUAGAACACAACCAACAACUACAUCUACAACCUAUGGAACACAACCAACAACUACAUAUACACCCACUAGAAUACAAACUUCACCUACAACAUACAGACUCGUAACUCCACCUUCAUACUAUAGCACACAACCGGCUCGUGAUAGGGAGAACGAUGGUUGUACAAUUUUGUAAAUUUUAGUUAUCGUUGUCAUUUUAAGAACGUUUGUAUAAUAAUAUUAAAAAUAAUAAUACCAUUAAGACAUCAAUAAAUGUAUGAAGAAACGAAAAAAAAAACAACAAAAAAAAGCGAAAAAAAAUAUUAAAAACGGAAAAAUGAAAAAAUA